GAUCAUGGGCAUGCUCAAACAAGUUCUGUUGUUUUUGUAGCCAAGACCUCUUAUUAGUAGAAUCGUCGCUAGGUACUGUACAUAAAGCUGGGUAAUACUGGCGAGGGUAGGCCUCUAAAUUAACAAAAUGGAAUGUGUUGAUAAUAUUUUACUGGUGACCGACUCUUAUAAGGUAACCCAUCACAAGCAGUAUCCCGAAGGUACUACAAAGAUAUAUUCCUAUUUUGAAAGUCGAGGUGGAAAGUUCCAGGAGACUGUUUUCUUUGGGCUUCAGUAUAUUUUAAAGCGAUGGUUGGAGGGUCGAGUGGUCACCAAAGAAAAAAUCCAAGAAGCCAAAGAGUUUUACAAACUUCAUUUUGGAAAUGAUGUCUUUAAUGAGGAAGGCUGGAAUUACAUAUUAGAGAAACAUGGAGGCUGUAUUCCCAUAAAGAUAAGGGCAGUCCCAGAGGGCACAGUUGUUCCUGUCAAGAAUGUUCUCUUUACAGUCGAAAGUACAGAUCCUGAAGUGCCUUGGAUAACUAACUAUUUUGAAACACUGCUAGUACAAGUAUGGUAUCCGAUGACAGUAGCUACAAACUCAAGGGCACAGAAGGAGGUGAUUGCCAAAAACAUGCUUGAAACAGCUGACACUCUCGAUAAACUUCCAUUCAUGUUGCAUGACUUCGGAUUCCGUGGGGUAACCUCUGUUGAAAGUGCGGCGAUUGGUGGUGCUGCACAUUUAAUAAAUUUUGUUGGUUCAGACACCAUUGCUGGUAUGGUCAUGUGCCGUAAAUACUAUGGAUGUCAAAUGGCAGGCUUCUCAAUACCAGCAGCAGAGCAUAGUACUAUUACAUCAUGGGGAAAAAGUGGUGAAAAGAAAGCAUUUGCGAACAUGCUGAAUAGUUUUCCAAAUGGUCUUGUUGCAGUAGUGUCCGAUAGUUAUGACAUCUUUAAUGCUUGUGAAAAUAUCUGGGGAAAGGAACUUAAAGAUUUGAUUUUGAAACGAGGCGAAAAUGGUGGACAACUUGUCAUUAGGCCAGACUCAGGGGACCCACCAGAUGUUGUGGUUAAGGUUCUUGAAAUUUUGGGAAAGGCCUUUGGGACGAAAGUGAACAGCAAAAGCUACAAAUUAUUACCAGACUGCAUCCGAGUAAUACAAGGAGAUGGAAUUAAUUAUGAAAUGUUGGGAAAGGUCUUAGAGCACAUGAAGAACCACAAAUGGAGUGCAGACAACAUUGUUUUUGGAAGUGGUGGUGCUCUCUUACAAAAGUUGAAUCGAGACACCCAGAAAUGUGCAUAUAAAUGCAGUUAUGCAGAGGUUGAUGGUACACCGCGUAAUGUGUUCAAACAACCUGUCACUGAUCCUGGGAAGAAAUCCAAGAAGGGAAUCCUGUCGUUAGUUCAGCAAAAUGGUAAACUUGAAACAUUCCAAGAAGGUACUGGUGUAGAUGAAGAUAUUAUGGUACCAGUGUUUGAGAAUGGUUAUUUGUUGAAGGACUAUAAUUUUGCUGAAAUUAGAAAACGAGCAGAGCUACCAAUAGUGAAAAAAACAACCAAUGGUUUUUAAUAAACCAACUUGAAACUUAAAUUUGUAAAAAUGGAUUGUAAUAUUAUAUUCAGUAAUAAUUUUUUUUUAAUUAAGAAGAUAUACAUAUUGUUUAUAUCAUAAGCAUCUGUUUUUGGGUACCCUUUAUACUGUAUAUAAGAAUCUUAUUGGUGUGUUUUUACUGAAAAUCGAGAUACAAAUCGGUUGAUUAUCGGAUACCAAGAUAAGAAGGGCACCACAACUGCAUUUUGACAUGUAGUGGCAACAUAUUUGAUACCGGGCUGAUACUGCACAUAAAAUUUACCCAGAAUACAAUUAAAAAUGACAGAAGUUUUUAACAGUAAUUUUUUUGCCAGACAACCUUGAUACAAAAAACAAUGGUGAUUCCUCCUAUUCUAAGACAUGUAAGAGGCCUAAAAUUAUUGAGAUGAGAAUUAUUUUACCAAGUCUUAAUAAAAAUGGGCUAACCAUGAUGUUUGCUUUACUAAGACAGAACUUGCUUUUAAAAAGAACAAUAAAUCCAAUAACCAAUGUGGAGCAUUGAAAUAGUACCAAAUAUUAAAGUAAUAAAUUGUUCUUUAAGUACUGGUAAUUCUGAUUGUAUUGAAAUUUUAAUAAUGUAUUCUACUGUAGAGAAAAAGAAAAAGUAAUAAUUGUAGGUAAAUUUGGAUCAUCCACUGUGUAAGCAUACACUUCCAGUUAAUUUAGGUCUGUGAAGGGAAAGAUUUCUGAAUCAUAUUUUCAGACUUAAAAAAGAUGUAAUACAUAAUUCUACAUUCAAAAUGCUAUUAUUUUUAACAGGGUGUAGACAAAGUAAAUUUAGAAAUUUAAUAUAAUAAUAAUAAUAAUAAAAAUAA